AUGAACAAUAAAGAUUUGAUUGUGAUCUUCAGAAGAGCUUCAGAGUUUUUAGAGAUUUCAGAUUCACUAAAUUUAUUAUGCUUAAAUCAUUAUUUUUUGAACCAUUUGCCAAAUCAAGAGUUCUAUGCCUAUCUUUCUGUAUCCAUUGCAAAAAUUAUAGCUGAUAUUAGCGCUAGUAGCACUGAUGUUAAAACCAAACUUUCUGCAUUUUUGGAAUGGCAGCCAUUCAAUUCGUGCGAAGAUUUAUUCAACUGUAUCAAAUAUUCUAACAAUUUAAUUAAAAAUCCCUGCGGAAGUCAAAGAUUUGAUCAUUGAGAGAGAAUCGAUGGCGGAAAUGGCUGGAGCAUAGAAAACUGGGGAUGCUAUAAAGACAAUAAAACUGUUUUUGUUAGCUCUUAUGGCUGGUCCACUCUUAACCAAACAAUAGAUCUUCCUGAAUCGAACAAGAAAAGAUUUCUCCUAUUAGGAGCUUAUAUAGCUAGAAGAGUUGAUUGUGGAGCUGAUAUUAAAAUUGAGGUAAUUUUUUAUGAUUAUGAUCAUAAUCGAUUAGAUUCUUGGCAUAUUGAAGAGAAUGAUAUUCCAGGCACUGGAGUAAUAGCGAUGACCCCCCCUCAAUCUUCAUGUCUAUUGCAACAAAAAUGCAAUUUUUUAAUAUAAAAAUUUUAUAUAAAACAAAAAAUUUUCAUGUAUCAUCAAACUAAUUUUUAAAAUUUUGUUGCAAUAGACAUGAAGACUGAGGGGGGGUCAUCGUUACAAUCUUAUAGUCAAUUGACUUCAUUAAACGAUUUCGCACACCCCUCUGACAGUUUUGGAGAUUUGUAUCCGUACAAGCAUUACAAACUGAGAGUUAAUAUUAAGCCUGGCAAAAAGUAUGCAAUUGUUUCUUUUAGUGGAAAAGAUACUAAAUGGUGAGCAGGCCAUUAUGGUGCGAGGUUUGGGUAUUGUUAUGCUCGAAUUUUUUAUGAAGAGUAA